CAGUACUGGCAAUGGCGACUCCAGAUCGGAGCAUCAAAACAGUCGCACUGCAGGGUCUUCCUCGUCUUUCGAUUAUAAUGGAUUCUAUUGUCAUUGUGGUCUGUGGGGCAUACAUCAAUCGAUGAAGCAACAACCACGGCUCAGGUACUAUAACCAUAUAGAGCGAUGGCAGCAGCGAGCACGGAUGGCCUCACUUUGACUAGGUAGUUGGAAAGAAAAACUACAGGCUCAAUGCAUCAGGCUGCGUCGUCCGUAACAGCCGACCCGGGUUGUGGCUCCCCGCAGGAUGAGUACGGCGGAGCUCGCGAGCCCGAGGAGGAGUUCCCGGGCCGGUUGUUGCACCAGGCGGCCCUCUGGGAUAACGCGGAACUGCUGGAGGACCUGCUGCGGGGCGAGCACCUUCAGCACGUGAACUGUACCGACUCGUGGGGCCGCUCGGCCCUUCAUGCCGCCGCCAUGAGCGAGGGCUCCCGCUGCCUGGAGGUGCUGCUCCGUGCUGGAGCUGAUCCAGGCUUGGCGUGCGGACCGCGUGGACAGCGACGCACCCCGCUACACGUCUGUGCUGAGCAUGGCCACGCGAGCAACGCAGAGAAGCUGCUGGAUCCGGAGACCCAGGGCACCUGGGUGCCACUGUUGCUGCUGGACUCUCGCGACGCCACCGGCAGAACGGCUUUGGAACUCGCCGAGAAGCACGACAACAUUGGCUGUUGCGAGGUCCUCAAACGGGUGGGCGAAAGACGCCAUCGAGCCCGCCUGGAUAUGCACGCCAAGUUGCGGCUCGCGUGCCUGCAGGCGGAUUGCGCGACCGCCCGAGCCGUGGUCCAGGAGUUGUUGGUGCUACAGCAAGCGUCCGGCCGAGCCGAGCUCGAGCGCGUGGUGAAUUUGGCACCGAACGGGGCCAACACGCUGCUGUUCUUGGCCAGCGAAACGGGCCAGCGCGACAUGGUCAAACUGUUGCUGGACAGCGGGGCCGAUUGCACCAUCCACCCUGUUACCCGCUACUCACCCCUGUACAUCGCCUGCUACAACGGCAAACUCGACAUCGUCGAGAUGCUGCUCAGCCGAUUCCCGGAGCAGGUCCAGUCUUUGACCGUUGAACGCUGGUUGCCUGUCCACGCCGCUGCCAUCAAUGGCCACCACGCCGUCGUCGAGCUGCUGCUAAACUUCAAAUACCCGCCGCACCUCUACCAAAGGUUUCGGGACGCGAGCGGUGAGCUCGAGUACGAAAUGCCUUUCGACAUCAACGGCCAGGACGUAACCGACCAGAACAUCCUGUACAUAUCAAGCGUGCUGGGCACCCAGAAAAUCGUCGAGCUCCUGUUGGGUUACCGCGUGCAGGCGCGCAGCGUCAACGGCAACAAAGACGAGGUGGAACAAGCCGAUUCGGCUCACCAGGCGUCCGGUGCCACCACGGCGCCCUUGGCCUGCAAGAGGAGGAUAUCCAGCGGCAUACAGCGCCUCAUGUCGAGUUUGAACUUUCGCAGCCGCUCUACCGAGGCCAAGAACAAGGACGAGAACCUCAUCUGUCCGCUCAACCUCGACCUCUAUUGCAACAACAACACCGAGACGGCGCUGCACGCGGCGGUCAAAGCUAGGCACACGGACGUCGUCGCCGCGCUCCUACAGGCCGGAGCAAACCCAAACCUGUUGCUCAGAGCUCCCGCGAACGAGCACCCAAACGACGGUAGAUCGGAGAGCCCGGGAAGCAGUGAGUGCAGUUCCAUCCUUGCUAUCGCGUGCCAGAAACGUGACGGCAAGAUAGCCGAGUUACUGCUUCGGCACGGAGCCACGGACAACGACUGCUCGGCUCUGAAGAUAGCCGCUCGCAACGGGGACGAGCUACUCACGGCCAAGUUGCUCGCGAUAAAGGCGCACCCCGACGCCGAGUACAAGAUCAACAAGAAGGCCUUGGGCGAGGUUGGCGGGGGCCUGGCCUCCUCGUCACACUUCUCCUCGGCGCUCUCGAGUUUCGGCGCCGUGGCCCACUCGGCCCUUUUUCCCGGCACCCCCACGAUGAUCAACUGGCACGAUCAGCAAUGCCGGCUCUCCCAGAUCCGACCCCAGUGGCUUUUGGACGCCGUGCUCCACGUCAACCGCAAACUCAGCUCCAAGAGCGCCGAGCUCGCGCUUUACGCCAUCACCCGUAUCGACAUAUCUCAGAAUUCCAUCACUUCGCUUCCCUCCACCAUCUUCUAUCUGCAGAGCCUCAGAUAUCUGAACGUGGCGCAGAACAAAAUCGAGUCCCUUGCAGCCGAGCCGAGGACCGCCAAAGACAAGCUGUGCCCGGUCCUCGAGGAAAUCUACUUGCAGGACAACCGGCUCGAGCAGCUACCCGAGUUCCUCAUGAGCAUGCCGGCUCUCGAGAUCAUGGACAUCUCCAAUAACAAGCUCCAGCGCCUGCCGGACAAUCUGUGGCGCGCCCCCAAACUCAAAGAGCUCAACGCCUCGUUCAACUUGCUGCGCGAGCUGCCCGUUGGCCAAUUCAACGGGCACCAACAGCAGCAGCAGAACGCCGCUGGUGGCAAGAGAUCUUCGGUCAACAGCUCACGCGGUGCCGAGCAUCCGGAGUACCCGCAAUUGGCCAGUAGUUCGAGCUGCAGGAGCCUAGCGACGCAGUUGACCAUGCCCAGGGACGAUUCUAUGGAUUUUGAUGCGUACUUUUCGAAAAUAGCCAAUGCCAGGCUCGUCGAGAUGGAGAGGCCGUUCGUGUGGACGAAAGGCAUCCAGGUGACGGAGAAGGUGCUGGACGAGGCCGAGCAGAACACCAACAAAUCCGUGCUCGCGUCUCUCAAUCUGGCGCACAACCUCUUCACCAGCAUACCCGUGGCGUUGCCCUGUCUGGCCGUGAGCCUCGUCAGGCUGAACAUGGCCUACAACUCGCUGAGAUCGAUGAGCCACAUCACCUCUUACCCGUCCACCUUGAAGCAGCUCGAUCUCUCGAACAAUCAGAUAAGCUGCUGGCCCAGCCUGCCCCAGAUCGAUAGUUACGAUGAGACCGAGCAAGCAAGCACGGCGUGUUACUGGCCAACGAGCGGACUGCAGUCGCCCACGGCCGCGCCAACGGGCCGACAGACGGCCACGUCCCUGCGCGACGUUGUCCUCAUGUCCGUCUGCUCGCACCGGCGCCACCUGAGGCUCGAGAGCUUGCGCACUCUCGUGCUUGCCAACAACCUGCUUACCCGCAUCCAAAUGACCUCGGUGGACGACGGGGAGUCCUCGUCGACGGCGUCGGCCUACCCUGCCGACGACGACUCCUCCAGCGACAAGGACUCCAGAUCCGGGCAUUCGGCCAAGAUGCACCUCCUUUUUCCCAACGUCAGCAUGCUCGACGUCAGCAACAACCAGCUGAAGGAAAUACCGGCUAAUAUUUACGAGCUGAGCAACCUCUCGGUGCUCAACGUCAGCGGCAACAGCGAAAUAACCGAGUUGCCGCCGCACAUGGGCCUAUUGUCGAGGCUCUGGAACUUGAACACCCAGGGCUGCAAGCUCCAAGAGCCCCUCAAGUCCAUGAUCGAGUCCAAAAAGUACAAGACGAUGGAUGUCAUCGGAUACUUGAAGUCCGUGCUGGAGGACGCCAAACCCUACGCUAGAAUGAAACUCAUGAUCGUCGGUAUUCAGGGCAUAGGGAAAACGAGCUUACUGGAGCAACUGCGCCAGGAGGGCGAGGUUCCCAACAAGAAAAAAUCCUCGGACCACUGGGCGAAGCGCAUGGGUAACAAGAACAUAAACUCGAAGACGGCCCGCGGCACGACGAUAUCCACAGUCGGGGUGGACAUUGCCGACUGGCUCUACGAGAAGAAGGUUCGCGGCCAGUCCUCCCACGGGCCGGUUUACUUUCGCACUUGGGACUUUGGCGGUCAGCGCGAGUACUACGUCACGCAUCAGUAUUUCCUGUCGAAGCGUAGCUUGUACCUCGUCGUCUGGCGCAUAAUCGACGGAUUCAAGGGUGUCAACGAGAUAUUUCAGUGGCUGGUCAACAUUCAGAGCCGAGCGCCAAACUCACCGGUGAUAAUCGUGGGCACGCACUACGACGUGGCUUACGAGCAAAGCGAGGCACUCCAGCAGUACAUACGCGACAAGUUCAUAAACGUCGUGGACGCGGAAAAGUGCGGCCUGCCGAAGGUCAUGGAGACGAUCGAGAUUAGCUGCAAGACGCGGCACAACAUUAAAAUGCUCUGCAACCUGAUCUACGACGUGGUUUUCAGUCUGAGAUCACCGGGCUCGAAGGAACUCCUCCUGGAGCAGAGGGUGCCGGCCAGUUACCUGGCUCUCGAGGACGUUGUCGUGCAGCUCGCCCACGAGCGUAAACUCUGCGGAGCUGACCCAGUCCUGAGAGCCGAGCAGUACUACUCGGCGGUGAACGGCGAACUGCAGAAAAUGCACAAGUCGUUCAGGGACCCAGCCGAGCUGCACCAGGCGACUAUGUUCCUACACGAGAACGGUAUCAUUCUGCACUACGACGACGCCACGUUGAAGGACCUGUACUUCUUGGAUCCCCAGUGGCUCUGCGACAUGCUCGCCCAUGUGGUCACGAUACGCGAGAUCAAUCCGUUCGCCAGGUCGGGCAUUAUGAAGCUGGACGACAUCCAGCACGUGUUCAAGUCGUCGACGAUCUCGAGCGCCGACACCCAGGGCUACAUCGUCUCGCUGCUGAACAAGUUCGAGGUGGCCCUGACCUGGGACUACCGCACUCUCCUGAUCCCGUCCCUCUUGCCCACCGAGGAGGAGCUUCACAGGAGCAACAUUAGCAUCAAGGUACCGGUCAAGUCCCGCGGCUGGCACAUGCGUUGUGCCAAGAUGAUGCAGGCGGCCAGCUCACCCUUGGUGACGAUGCAGCCAGCUCCGCCGCCUAUGGUUACUACAGGGUCGGCACCAACAACGCACGCUACUGGCAUCGAGGGUGUUCUCACUUCCCGGCCUCAGCCCGACUGCUCGAUCACGCGGCUGCUUCUCAUGUCCUACUUUCCCAGCGGCUUCUGGUCACGACUCAUCACGCGCAUUCUCGCCGACGAUGCCAUAGUGGAGAUCGUCAUGUCGUUUCUGACGCCCUUCAAGGACUUUGUGGACGACAAGAUAUUUGCCGCCCUGCUGGAGACACAUGCCGAGUGGCUGCUCUGGCAAACGGGGAUCGAGCUACGCUACGCGGGCAUCACCCUACUUCGACUCAAGGAGAUCAAUUACAACUAUCGCAACUCGCCCUACGACUACAGGCAGCACAAAUUCAAGCUUAAACAAGAUGGCAUCUGGUGCAACGUGGACCUGCGGUCGUCGGCGAUCCUUGAAAUCUGGUUCCCAGUGGAUACCCUAGUGAUCAAGCAGCCCAUACCCUCGGACUCGGAUGACGACGAGGAGCCAAUGGGCUACCAAGCGAUCGUCGUUGAGCCUCAGCCGGAGAGCAUGCCCCAGCUGCUGGCCCUCAUUGUCGACCACAUCGACAUCUUGCUGGAGGACUGGUACCCGACUCUGGGCACGAGGUUCGUCCACACGUCCGAGGGUAAGCUACUGGUCACGCGACUCAUCCCCUGCCCGAGAUGCCUCAUCGGGCAAUCGGAGGCCGCCGAAGAGGAGGCCGCCCGCGACUCCGAGCAUCACCACCACCAUCCGCUCCAGCCCGACGAACAUCCAGCCGGCUACUACGCGAAUAACCGGGAGCGCCAGAGCCAGGACAGUUACAAGUCAGACGGCGACAGUGGUGUCGGGCACGACAGCUCGUCGAGGAGCUCGAGCCGCAUGCCUUCGCUCGAGGGACACCCGGAGCUCACCGGCGACGACGCCAAGAGCGUCUACGCGUGGAUGGUGGAAGAAUGCAUCCUAGCAGCCUACAGCAACCGGAGCAUCGGCUGCCCGAGGCACUCCGAAGUGUUACUGACCCAGGUGGCGCCGGACAUCAUAUUCAUGGACCUGGGCGCCAAACACCUCAUCCGAUCGGAGGACGUGAAACGCGGCAAGAUGCUGGGCCGGGGGGCCUUUGGUUUCGUGUUCCGGGGCACGUGCCGGCUACCGAGCGUCAGUAGCCGUGGUGGUCAGCAACGCAGCAGCGUCGACGUGGCCAUGAAGAUGCUACAGCCUGUGCCUCCCGGUCCCAACUCACGCCAAUCGGCCCUGCUCGCCUACAAGGCGGCGCAAAGCAAAUGGGACCGGGACCCUCUGCAAUACGCUUGCAAGGCCUACUGCACCGCUCGACAGGAACUGAACAUCCUGCUGUCGCUGCGUCAUCCCAACAUCGUGCCCCUGGUCGGCAUAGUCAUCAGUCCACUUGCCCUCGUGCUCGAUCUCGCGCCCGAGGGAGCUCUCAACUGCGCCCUCAAGAAUUACCGUCGCUCGGGGGCGCGCCUCGAUCCCUACACCCUCCAAGCAAUCGUCCUCCAGAUCGCCAAGGCGCUCGAGUACCUCCACCAGCAGCACGUCAUCUACCGAGACCUCAAGUCCGAGAACGUUCUCGUUUGGCAGAUGCCGCAGCCCUUCCAUCGCCACCAUCAGGAACAGGCCACAGCGAAUGGGAAUUACUACUCGGCGACAGCGCCGGCCCUCGAUAAGCCAUUGCACGUCAAGUUGGCCGACUACGGCAUCUCCCGGCUGACUCUACCCUCGGGCGCCAAAGGCUUCGGAGGCACCGAGGGCUUCAUGGCCCCCGAGAUCAUCAAGUACAACGGCGAGGAGGAGUACACCGAGAAGGUCGACUCGUUCUCGUUCGGUAUGUUCGUUUACGAGCUGGUGACGCUGCGCCAGCCGUUCGAGGGCCACGAGUCCGUCAAGGAGUGCAUCCUCGAGGGCGGCCGGCCCGCUCUUACGUACAGCGAGACCCUGCACCCGUGCCACGCCCUCGAUCUCAUGGUCGUCUGCUGGGCUCAGAAUCCCCGGGACAGACCCACAGCCAGUCAAAUCGUCUCGAUCGCCUCUGCACCCGAGUUCACCCAUCUGGUGGACGUGACCCUCCUCACCGAGACCACCCACGUGACGGCAAUCGCGACGAUGAGCCGGCAGAUCGACGAGACCCUGACGGGCAGCGAGAUCUGGCUGGGCCACAACAAUGGCCAGGUCGAUGUGCUCCUGGCGACCGACAAGGCCUGGCUGCAGCACGUAAGAAUCGACACGCCUGUCGUGCCGUUUGCGAUGCGCUGCGUCGACGGCUACAUAUGGAUUGGCGACAAUACGGGCCAGCUGCACAUUUACCUCGCCACGAACUUUGGCUGCGUCGGUAACUUUCGCCUCGAAGCCGAUCCCAGCAAGGGCGCGAAAAUCGUGGCGCUCGACUACUUGGAGCAGCUAAAGUACUUCGCAGUGGCGCUACACAGCGGUAAAGUUCUCCUAGUGGCGAACAGCUUCACUCAGACUCGCAAAGUCGAUCUCGUUGACUCGUCCACCGACAACAUCAGGACGUACUCUUUGGCCGCUGUGUCGCGAAAGCGUCGCGUUCUCGAGCUGUGGGCGGGCCGGAGCUUUGGCCGCAUUUCCGUUUACACUCUCAAGGACACGACCCUCACGGAGACCCUGGAGCUGGAGCACGUGAGCGACGAGACGGCGAGUAAAAAUCUGUUUGCCACGUACUUGACGAGCGCGGAAAAUUCGGUCCUCAGUUACACUUAUCCAGGCUGCAUCGUCUACCAGUGGGACGUAGAAACGAAGCAGAUCGUCAACAAACUCGACAUGUCCAAGUUGGUGCCUUGUUCCGAGAGUCUCAAGUCCAUAUCGAUCGAGGAAAACCUGACGACGGAAAAGUGUCAAGUCACGGCACUGGAAACGUGCAAGAACCAGCUGUACAUCGGCACGACCUGGGGCUGUAUUGUCGUGGCAGAGUGCAACUCUCUGCGGCCGAUCACGGUGUUCAGGCCCUUUGAGGGAAAAGUCUCGCAGAUCAUUGCUUUUAAGUCACCGGACAAGAAGAGGUUGAUCAUGGCAACGGUGGGUCAAGGUUAUCGCAGUCUCAUAUCGAGAUACACAGACUUCCCUAUAGAUUGCUUGGCGGCCGAGGAUUUGAGGCAUAACAUGUACGUUUUACUGUGGAGAUCGGAGCACUGGUCUGCUGCAUGAACAUCCUAUUCAUUUAUCAAAGAGUAAACUUUUAGCGGACUUGAUGAAAGUAGCCGUGUAUUUUUUUAACUAAUCGUAGUUUUAAAAAAAGAAUUUGACAAUUAAUUUAAUUUUGCUCGACACGCUUGGAAUCAAAUGUUUUCUCACGAGUCAUUAUUUGUUAAACUGAUU